AUGCCAAUCACUAUGAAUCCCACACUGCCAAGCUCGCCGAAGGAGCUGGCUCUGUCUAAUGGCCCAGGCUCGAAGCUUUUCAUUGCCUUCAUCUCCUCACCAGACCCCACAACCAAGCAAGCGUGGUGUCCGGAUGUCCGGGCUGCCUUGCCCCAUAUUAAUGAGGCAUUUACUGGAAGUGACGCACCGACUCUAUCACUUAUCGAAGUUGGACAGAAGCCUGAGUGGAAUAAUCUUCAGAAUGUGUACCGAACAACUUGGGGCACCAAGAACAUUCCCGCUCUGGUACGGUAUCAACAGGUUAAUGGAGAGGUCGCUGAGACGGGGCGGCUGGUGGAAGGUGAGAUUAUGAACAAGGAAGGGCUCCGGGCCUUCAUCGCUUGA